UAGUGGCUGCUUCCAAUAAUGAUGGCGGCAAAAGGGAAUGCCUUUUCUGUGAUGAUGAACGCACAAAAGCGAAAAUUAGCCGAUGGAGCUGCGAAAACAGCGGCUCAACCGGCCAAGAAAGGUCACUGGAGCAUGGGCCUGCUGUCAUCCAUGGAGGAUCCCGCACUGAAGGUCGACUCGGACGAUAAAGUGGUCAUUAUCAAGGAUAAAUACCCAAAGGCCAGGUACCACUGGUUAGUUUUACCUAAGGAGAACAUAUCCAGUCUAAAGGCUGUGUCAGCAAAACAGUUGGACCUUCUCAAACACAUGCACAAGAAGGGACAGGAGCUUAUAGACAAAACAGAAGAUGCCAAACAUCUGUCCUUCCGCCUGGGCUACCAUGCCAUCCCCAGUAUGAGUCACUUACAUCUCCAUGUCAUCAGUCAAGAUUUUGACUCUCCCUGCUUGAAGCAUAAGAAACAUUGGAACUCCUUCACAACAGACUACUUCAUAGACUCUACAGAUGUUAUGGAAGAAUUAGAAAAAGAAGGGAAAAUAGCAGACAAAGGAUCAAGAAAUGAACGCUUGAAAGAUCCACUAAGAUGUCACGUGUGUAAGAAGGAACAGGUCAACAUGCCCAAACUCAAGGCUCACAUUUUGUCACAUAUUCCUAAACCUGGAGACAAGAAGUGACCUUGAACAUUGGACUUGAUAAUGAAGACCUCUGACAAAGGAACCUUACCUGCUUGAUCAAUGAGGUCAAGAAAGUAGCAUGAAGCAAGAAUGCCAUUGGAUGUCACAUUUUAAUAUACUUGAUGGUGUCCAAAUAGGUAUACCUGUUUUUCUACAGUGUAGAUGUUUGUCAAAAGCCACUGCUAUUUAUUAGAUUUAGGUUCUCAUGAAAGAAAAUACAGCAUACAGUCAUAAACUCUCUGCAUAUCAGAAUUACAUGACGCAAUACUGUUUUGAGUGUUUGUUACAAGACUUAAUGCUGUUUGUUUCAAGAACAAGAAAUGUUAAAAGAAGUGUGUCCUUUAUUUAUUUGAACAAAUGAAGACGAGUCCAUUCUGUGAACAAGGCUGACUGAGUCAGCUGAAAAUUUGGGGUAAGUCCCAACUUAUUUGUAGUGUCAGUUACUUAAAGUCAAGUUAAUCCAUAAUACAUAUAAAGUUGUUGUAGACACUAACUUAUGAAUACAUUAUAUGUUACACUAACAUGUGAUACCAAUAAAAACAUGGGACCUCAAUUUGACGUCCUAUUCAAAGCUA